AGCGCGGGCGGGAAGCAGCGCGCGUCGGGCGGCGCCGGGACCAGCGGGAAGUUUGCAGCGGAGAGGGCAGGACCCGAGCUGCCCCACGCGGGCCGAGCCCUGCUCCGCGUUUCCCAGCUGACCGAGGUGCGAACUGGGAGUUGUGCCAGGAUGUGGGGCACCAGCCCCAGGACCCCCCGGUCCCCUUGCCUCCACCCCCACGCGGUUUGCUGACCCUCGGAGGCACAGCUGCAUCUAUAGUGGGUGAGGGUCCUGGGUGCUUCCAAAGCUGAUGAGUGUCAACACUGAAGCCUCCCUGAGCCGUGCCUGAGCAGGCCUGCUUGGCGAGCUGGGACAUGUCUGGUCCCCAAGGACGUUCAGUGGGUGAUGGCUACAGUGUUGGAGGGGCUGGAGCUAGAGGAAGCUGCAGCUGCUUCGGAGGAUGCUGCCGAGGAUGCUGCAGAGGACAGUGCUGCAGGGCCUGCUGUGGAGGCUGUGGAUUCCAGACCUGGGAUGCCUUUGCUCUUGACUGGGAACCAGCUGAACUUGGACCUAUACUCUGGGGGCUGCCGCCACCUGCAGCACCUGUGUGCCCAGGAACCCCCACAGCUGCUGCAGGUGGAGUUUUUGCGGCUCAGCACCCACGAGGAUUCUCAAUUGCUGGAAGACACCCUGGCUCGAGUUCCGUGGAGACGGUUGUGCCUUCGGUCCCUGGUCCUCAAAGGGGGACAUAUCCGGGGUGCCCUGGGUGCUUGCCUCCAUGGUACUCUGACUACACUGCCUGCUGGCCUAAGUGGCUUGGCCUCCCUGACCCACCUGGACCUAAGCUUCAACAGACUGGAGACACUGCCAGAUUGCAUCCUGGAAUUGCACAGCCUAGAUGCACUACUGCUCUCUCACAACUGCCUGUCAGAGCUGCCUGAGGCCCUGGGGGCCCUGUCCACCCUCACCUUCCUCACUGUGACACACAACUACCUGGAAAGGCUGCCUACAACACUGGGGUCCCUGUCCACCCUGCAGCGUCUUGAUCUCUCUGAGAAUCUUCUAGACACCAUACCCCCUGAGAUUGGAGACCUGAACAGCCUCAGUGAGCUCAAUCUGGCCUCCAAUAGACUGCGAAACCUCCCAGCCUCCCUUGCGGGGCUGCGGUCCCUGCAGCUCCUUAUCCUGCAUAGCAACCUCCUGACCUCAGUGCCCACUGGCCUGGCCCACCUGCCACUAAUCAGUCGGCUCGAUCUGAGGGACAACCAACUCCGGGACCUUCCUGCUGAGCUACUAGACGCUCCCUUUGUGCGCCUCCAGGGCAACCCCCUGGGUGAGGCCUCUCCAGCAUCCCUGAGUCCCCCAGGCACACCCCAGGUUCCAGAGAUGCCCAGGCUAUUCCUGACCUCAGAUUUGGACAGUUUCCUCGUGACUCCCCAUGGCUGUUCUGUGACCCUGGCCUGUGGCGUCCGCCUACAGUUCCCAGCAGGGGCCACCACCACACCUGUCACCAUCCACUAUCGACUGUGGCUGCCAGAACCAGGCCUGGUCUCACUGGGUCCUCACGAUUUCCUGCUUAGCCGUGUCCUGGAGCUGCAGCCCCAUGGGGUGGCUUUCCAGCAGGAUGUGAGCUUGUGGCUGCUCUUUGUCCCUCCACGGGCUCGUCGCUGCCGUGAGGUAGUUGUUAGGACCCGGAGUGAAAACCAGUGGAGUGACCUAGAGACUCACCUGGAGGCAGAAGCACCCAAGCGGCUCUGGGCUCGCUGCCAGGUACCCCAUUUUUCCUGGUUCCUUGUGGUUUUACGCCCAGUGUCCAAUGCCUGCCUGGUGCCACCAGAAGGGGCAUUGCUGUGCUCCUCAGGUCAUCCUGGGGUCAAGGUCACCUUUCCCCCCGGAGCCACGGAGGAGCCUCGGCAAGUCUCCAUGCAGGUCAUGCACAUGGCUGGACGAGAGCUGCGAGCCCUCUUGGGAGAACCAGAGGCAUCUGUGAGCCCUCUGCUGUGCCUCUCACAGAGCAGCCCCCACAACUUCCUACAGCCAGUCACCGUGCAGCUGCCAUUGCCUCCUGGUAUUACAGGCUUCAGUCUGGACCGCUCCUGUUUGCACCUGCUGUACCGAGAUCCUCCUACAGCCACCUGGGAUGAUAUCACCACUCAAGUGGUGUUAGAGCUCACCCACCUGUAUGCACGCUUCCAGGUGACACACUUCUCCUGGUACUGGCUCUGGUAUACUACCAAGAACUGUGUAGGGGGCCUGGCACGGAAAGCCUGGGAGCGGCUGCGGCUACACCGUGUAAACCUCAUUGCACUACAGAGGCGCCGGGACCCCGAGCAGGUCCUGUUGCAGUGCCUGCCCCGGAACAAGGUAGAUGCCACCUUGCGGCGGCUGCUGGAGCGAUACCGUGGCCCUGAGCCCUCUGACACUGUGGAGAUGUUUGAGGGUGAGAAGUUCUUUGCAGCCUUCGAGCGAGGCAUUGACGUGGAUGCUGACCGUCCAGACUGUGUGGACGGCAGGAUCUGCUUUGUCUUCUAUUCCCACUUGAAGAAUGUGAAGGAGGUGUACAUCACCACAACCCUGGACAGGGAAGCUCAGGCUGUGCGAGGCCAGGUGUCCUUCUAUCGGGGCUCAGUGCCCAUGGAGGUGCCUCAAGAGGCUGAGGCUGCCCGGCAGAAGACGGGCACGGAUGCCCUGUGGAUGGCCACUUUGCCCAUCAAGCUGCCGAGACUCCAAGGGCCCAAGGGGCGUAGGCAAGGGGCUGAUUUCUCUCUGCUGCCUCUGAACCUGGGUGACGCCGAGACAGGUUUCCUGACUCAGAGCAACCUACUGAGUGUGGCUUCACGCCUAGGUCCUGACUGGCCUGCUGUGGCCCUGCACCUGGGCAUGUCCUAUCGUGAGCUACAGCGUAUCAGGCAUGAAUUCCGGGACGACCUGGAUGGGCAGAUCCGCCACAUGCUCUUCUCCUGGGCUGAGCGCCAGGCUGGACAGCCUGGAGCUGUGGGAGUCCUGGUGAAGGCCUUGGAGCAGAGUGACCGGCAGGAUGUGGCUGAAGAGGUGCGUGCCAUUUUGGAACUUGGCUGUCACAAGUACCAGGACAGCAUCCGGCGCACAGGCCUGGCUCCUGAGAACCCCUCACUGCCUGGCACUUCAGCUUCACAGACCCCAGAGCCUACCCAGACUUAGGUCCACAGAUUUGAGCUGGUCUCUGAUAUCCCCUGUCCAAUGAGCAGAGCCUGUACCCUUCUACCUCUCCUGUGUGGGGACAGUA